ACAGGCGCCUCUCUCUCUAAGGUAAACUAGGUUAGGUGAACGGAUAUUGGCGAGUAUGAGACCGCUGAAGGACGCUCAUUAGUAGGGAUGUCCCGAUCCGAUCACAUGAUCGGAAAUCAGCCCCGAUCACGUGGUUUCAGACUGAUCGGGACUCGGUAUCGGCAGAUUCUCUAAAUCAAAUGACUCGGACUCAGACUCGAGGGCAAAAAAACCUGAUUAGGACGUCCCUACUCAUUAGUAUUAAUAUUAUAUUAACUGACUGACACUAUUUUAAUUGUCUGGUACACGAUAGUAAUCCGUACUGUAUUGUAAUGCUAGCACACGAGUUUAAGCUAACAUGGUCAAGAGCUCCUCAAGUUCUGGAUGCAGGUUAAGACUCUUCACUACUUUUGGCUUCAUACACCUGUACAGAUCUGAUGUUCUCAUUCACUCUGGUGUUUAGAGGUCACUCUAAAGGUGAAGCGGUUCUGGUCAGGUCUAAAAGUAGCUUUAGACAGCGGGCCACCAGACUCCAGGCUCCAUGAUGUGGUUCAGCUGUACUGUCCCAGAUCUCGCAUCCUCUCUUCAAACACACGACUCUGAUGCAGUGUUGAACCUGGGAAGCAGAGUCUUUAGAGGCGUGGCUAAUCUCAUCUACGACUGUCUGGACUGGCGUAGACAGUAUCAGCAUUACAGGGACGAUGUCAAGCUUCUGAGUGUCCCCUGUGUUGGACGGGACUCCCAGCCUGAACAGUUCACUAAAACCACUCAUCAGGCCUCGUUAGAGUCGACCGUUCUGCCGACCCAACGCACCAAGAAGAUGAACAGGGAACCAGCCCCACCAGAACCUGAGAGCAAGCUGCCUCCUCUCUGUGUGGACAGGCGUUACUAUAGCAACCUACUGGACCAGGUUCCCCCUGAAGCCUGCACUGUACCCUUUGUCAUGAACUGUAUGCUGGAGCAGGUGGUCCUCACUUUGUCCCAAACACCAGAGGAACCCAAACCGGUCAGCGGUGGCCCCUGGUUAGACCCCCAGCAUGCUAGCUGCAUGCAGGAGAACUUCCUGCCUCUUCUACACACCGAAGACGAGAGGAACCAGCAUUUAACCGACGUCCUGACUUCAGCACAGAAGGAUGAAGACAUGAAGAUGUUGAUGGAGACAUCUGGAGAUAGAAAGAGUCAGAAGAAGUCUGAGCAGCUUCAGGUUAUCGCACACCACGAUGAGAGAGCACUACGCUUAAGGGGCGUAACUGUGAGUAUUUAUUUACUUGUUUGUAUGUUUCGUGUGUGGUUGUCAUUCACACGCGUCUGUCUCCCCAAAGCUCAGGGGAGGAACAGCGCCACCUGUUGGAUGCCAGACAAACAGCAGCUGCAGCACUUCUGUACAGAUGGUCAGAAAACCUUUUUAAUAGGUUUGAAUAAAAACCUAAAACGCAGAUCAGGCCUCGCCUCUGUACUGCCAACCUCUGCCACGGUGACGGGCGUCCAGCAGACGCCGCAUGGUGAAAAUCCCAUCCUCGCCAAACCCUCGAGGCGGAGGCUCGGGAUCCGGAGGAGGAGCGAGGGGAGAAGUCCGUACAGGCCUCAGCUGGGACACAUGGAAGACGGGAUGUACUUUGAGAGGCCUGGGCAGGGGGUUGCGAUACGCCACCGGGUUAAUGACCUUCCCUACUGGCUAGGGCCCCAGAAAUCGUGCAGCGAGCUUCCGGGAGCCAGCGGGCAGGCGCCUGUUCCGGGUAGACACCCAUACCCUGUCGCCAGGUUGGAAAGUCGGCCCUGUCCGAUGGCGGCGUUUGUGCUGGCGAUUGUAUUCCGUGUUAGCUCGCUAGAUGGCUGCCCGAGCACGGAUCCAGGCGAGGCGGCAACACCGAACCAGGGUCUGGGCAGUGGGGACCUCAGUCUCAGGUUCCUGGUGGCGAAAGAGAGGGGGCUGGUAUCCGUAGCAGAGCUCGAACGGGGAGAGACCAGUGGCCGAGGAGACGUGGAGGUUGUGGGACAUCUCUGCCCACAAGAGGUAUUUGGGCCAAGUGGUUGGUUGGGAUGA